AAAAUCGCGCUGAUUUUGUUGAACGUACUUCAAAUUUAUUUCAGCAAUAUGUUGCAGAUUCAAAUUAUGUUGGAAUUCAAAGUCUUUUUCAAGAUCCUCGUGCUGCUGCUUUGGUUAAUAUUAAUCACAUAAAUUCUAUUAGCGGUACGACACUCCUACAUGACGUUACACGAAAAAGAGAUUUAGAUAUGGUACAAUUCUGUUUAGAUCAUGGUGCUGAUGUUUCUAUUAGAGAUCGCAAAGGAAAAUUUCCUAUUGACUUGACUAAAGAUGAAAAAAUAAAAUCUUUGCUUAAACAAGGGGCACCUGCAACAAAUAUUGUAAUUACUUCUUUACCUAAUCAGCCACCAACGUUGAAAGGGUACUUGCAUAAGUGGACAAAUUAUGCUGGGGGUUAUAAGAGUCGGUGGUUUGUACUUGAAAAUGGUAUGUUGUCAUAUUUUAAAAAUCAAGAUGAUGCUGGAAAUUCAUGUCGUGGCUCGAUCAAUAUGAAAAUAGCAAAAAUUUCAGUUGACAGCACAGAUAGAUCAAGAUUUGACAUUAUUGGUAAAGGUUCUGUAAGAUACCAUUUACGUGCUAAUAAUCCUAGUGAAGCACAAAGAUGGGUAAUUGCAUUAACUCAAUCGUCAACAUAUUAUGAGAAAAAUGCUAAAGGUCGUAGACAAAGUAUUAUCGACGAUUCUGUUAGUGAUGAAAUGCGAGUGGGUCGAAGUAUUCACAGGUCCGAAUCUCAUGCUGAUAAUUCAACUUAUGCUGAUUCCGAUCGUGAUCGUUCAAGGUCACCAUCAACUCAAUCGAUUGAUUUGGAAAAUAUUCCUGGUGAUGAUUCUUAUCUAAUGAAAAUUAGUUCCACAAGAGCACAGUUAGAAUUACAAAAUCAAUUAUUAGAAUCUCUUACUUCUAUUGUUUCUGAACCUUCAUCAGCAGAAUCAGAAGCAAAUACCGUAAUAGAAACUUUUACACAAUCUCUUAGGACACUUCAUAAUCUUGUUGAUGAUGUUCUUCGUGUAUCAGAGGAACGUGAUACGUACUGGAGUAGAAAAUUGGAAAAAGAAUUAGAAGCUAAACGACUUUGGGAGGAAAGUAUGAGAUUGCUUGCAAUGGAAAAAUCCGAAAUGGAAAAACUUAUACAACAAAAUGUUCAAGAACAGAAAAUGAGAAAAAAACAAUUAAAGGCUGCUCUUGCAGAGAGUCAACUCAAUUCUCCAGCAAGUCCAUCGCGUCUAUCUUCUACUGACAUUCUUGAACCUAUGAAUAAACUUGAUGAUUCUUCUAAUUUAGCAGAUUAUCAUGGACAAAGAGUUUCAAUGGAACGAGCAGCAUCAAUAAUAUCAAUGUUGGCUGAUGAUUAUGAUUCUGAUGAAUUUUAUGAUGCCAUGGACAAUAACGACGAAGAGCAAGAUGUUGUUAAAUUAUGUGACUUAGAGGUUGAAUUGGAUAAUUCUAGUCCUUACAUUGCGAGUUCUUAUUGCGGUUAUCCUGAACAUAUUCGCGAACAACUUCCACUUGAUCAAUCUUCACGACCUGAUGUUUCUUUAUGGUCAAUUUUAAAGAAUUCAAUUGGAAAAGACUUGAGUAAAAUAACAUUACCGGUGUACUUUAACGAGCCAACAUCAAUGUUACAACGUAUGGCUGAGGAUAUGGAAUAUAGUGAUCUUUUGGAUAUAGGUGCGCGUCAAAAAGGAAGUACGGAGAGGAUAUUAUAUGUUGCAGCUUUUGCAAUGAGUAAUUACUCUAGUACUGUUGGCCGUAUUGCUAAACCUUUUAAUCCGUUAUUGGGUGAAACUUAUGAAUAUGUAAGACGUGACAAAGGUUUUCGAUAUAUUUCUGAACAAGUUUGUCAUCAUCCACCAAUAAGCGCAUGUUAUUGUGAAUCCGCAAAUUAUGAUUUCUUUGCCGAAGUGGAUGUCAAAUCAAAGUUUUGGGGAAAAUCAUUCGAAAUUCUUCCACAAGGUGUGUCGCACGUUAGGCUAAAAGUGCCAAAAGAAUAUUGGCCGGAAAACGUCGACGGAACACCAGAGUCAUUUGUUGCUAUCGGGAAUCCAAACGCGUUCUCUGAGCAUUAUUCAUGGAAAAAAGUUACAACCUGUGUAAACAAUUUAAUAUUAGGAACACCAUGGAUCGAUCAUUACGGAGAUAUGGUCAUUACUAAUCAUUUAACGGGAGAUACAUGUGUUUUGACGUUUAAAGCUCGAGGAUGGAGAGGAAAAGAUGCAUUUGAAAUUAGAGGAUAUGUUAAAGAUUCAAAUAAUAAGGAAAAAUGGGAAAUUGCAGGAAGAUGGAAUGAGAAAUUAGUAGCAAGAAGAACUGAUGAAAGUUUAGCCACUAAUGAAGAUUUAGGUAGUGCUUACAACACAGUUAAUGAAGCUCCGGUAGAUGAAAUACUAUUACCGUCACCGUCAACUUCUUUGACCUCAGUAAAUCCAAGACCAAUAUAUUUAUUAUGGAAACGAACUCCAUUACCUGAUGAACCUUUAACAUUUAAUCUUACAACAUUUGCAGCUACGCUUAAUGAUCUACCUGAUAGUUUAACAAAUUGGAUUGCACCAACGGAUAGUCGAUUUCGACCUGAUCAACGUGCAAUGGAAAGUGGAUUAUAUGAUACAGCUAGUUCCGAAAAGAUACGAUUAGAAGAGAAACAACGAGCAAAAAGGAAAAAGAGAGAAAAUGGACUUAUGCCAGCAUUUGAAGCUAGAUGGUUUAGCCGUGAUAUUGAACCUGAUACAGGUGAGAAAUAUUGGAAAUUUAAUGAUGAAUAUUGGAAAGAAAGAGAACGAGCUGGAAAAGAAAAAUCUGAAGGGACCGGUGAAGGAAAAUGGAAUAUUUCUGAUGAUGAUGUUUUUUAA